CAACGAUACUGCAGCUGCCGCGAUGUCAUACGACCGUGCCAUUACCGUCUUUUCGCCCGACGGCCAUCUGUUCCAGGUCGAGUACGCGCAGGAGGCGGUGCGCAAGGGCUUCACGGCAGUCGGGCUGCGCGGCAAGGACUGCAUCUGUCUGGCGGUCGAGCGCAAAUCAGUCGGCAGGCUGCAGGACCCUCGGUCGGCACAAUGCGGACGCGAAAGACUGUCACUGGCAGACAGCUGCCAACGUGUGUGAUGUGCUGUGCUGCAGGACGCUCAAGAAGAUCCUGGCAGUGGAUGACAACAUCCGUCUGGCAUUCGCUGGCCUGAGUGCUGACGCCCGUGUGCUCGUCAACAGAGUGAGGGACAACACUGCUCUCACACUGCUGACGUGGAUGAAUGUGUGGUUGGUGGCUUGGUUGGUGUGUGUUGGUCACGUACGUCAGGUUCGGCUUGAGUGUCAGGCCUACCGCCUCAGUCUGGAGGACGCCCCGACCGUCGACUGGGUCGCCAAGUACAUGGCCAAAAUACAACAGGUACCAUGCAGUUGUGGAUCAACGCAUCUACUGUCUGUCUGUCUGUCUGUGUGUCUGACAUGUCAGUCGAUGACCCACCGCGGCGGUGCCCGUCCCUACGGCAUAUCGACCCUGGUGGCUGGUGUCAAUGGGGACGGCGAGCCGGCCCUCUACCAGACCGACCCCUCAGGUGUGUGCUCGGCAUGGAAGGCCAACUGCAUCGGCAGAAACUCAAAGGUAUGGCCGGGGGGGCGGAGCGGGGCGGGGCGGGGCGGGAGUGCGAGUGUGAUGACUGCAGGAGACGAGACGUCCAUCCGUGCAUGAGUCUGUGUGUGUGAGUGUGUUCUUCAAUUCUGUCGAUGCCAUGCAGACUGUGUUGGAGUUCCUCGAGAAGCACUACAAGGAGGAUCUCACCAAGGAUGAGACCAUCCUCCUCAGCGUCAAGGCACUCCUAGAGGUGCGCUGGAGUCGUGAAGGCGCCACAGCCACCGGCCCAGAAGAACCCAACCAACCCACACGCGGCCCAAUGUGUGUGUGUGUGUGUGUGUGUGUUGGUGUUUGUUUUCACGUCGGUCCAGGUGGUCGAGAAGGGGUCCAAGAACAUCGAGGUGGCUGUGUUGCGGAGCCAGGGGCCGGGCAAGGACGUGGAGAUAUCCGACCUCAAAGAGGAGGAAAUCGAAGCUGUGGUACGCACCGACCGACGCACCUGACCUGGCCGCUGGCUGUACGUGUGCGUGCCGGGCUUUACGUGUGUGUGUCGUGUUGAUUGUGGUGCAGGUUGCUCAGAUCGAGAAGGAGGAGCAGGAGGAGAAGGAGAGGCAGGAGAAACAGAGGGCGUCCUAGACUGGGAGGGAGGCUGUGUGAUGUCGUGCGAGAGAAGCGGCCUAGCAGUUGAUGCAUGAGACAAUGACAAUUCUGCCUGAGAUACUCCUGUCUGUCGUGUCACGAGAAAGACGUCAAGACGUUCUUGUUUGUUUGGUGUAAAGCAUUCAUUUACGCAC